ACAAGCGUCAUUCUGUUGUCGUCUUUCAAUGGGGAACCAGGACGAAUAAUCAUGCUAGAGAAUUUUCUGCGAGAAUACAAUGUCAACCGGGUAUUUUUGUCGCCCAUAGGCCUUUGGCCGUUUCAAAGAAAAUCCGUGAGAAAUUGUUUGCGAACUUUCUUCUUUCUGCUCGAAAUAAGUUACCUUCCCUUCGAGAUAAUGUUGUUGUACGAUCAUUGGGACAAUCCACAAAUGGUUUUUGAUGCCAGCUACCAACUUGUGAUGUCGAUCUCUUUCGCUGGGCGACAACUGAAUGAGUUUUGGAAUCACGAUAAGUUGCGAUGGUUGUACCAAGCUAUUGACGAGCAUUGGAACAUAUUUACGAACGAUAUGGAAGUUCGAGUCAUGAAAGAUUAUUCCAUGCUGUCACGAAAAUUUACGAAAUAUUACUCGACGUUAAUGUUUAGCAUAAUGUCAAUAUUGACAUUGAUACCAUUAACACCAAUAUUGCUAGACAUCGUGAUGCCUCUUAACGAAUCACGUUCUCGAUUUCUUGCAAUCGAAGUCAGUUACAGGCUGAAUAAAGAUGAUUAUUUUCUACCAAUUUAUUGUUAUACUGCUUUUACAAUUGCGGUGGGUGUAAACGUCGUGAUGGGCGUUGAUGCAAUGCACCUCGCAUGCACCGCUCAUGCAUGUAGUUUAUUUGCCGCUAUCAGUAAACAGGUUGAGAAUAUAAUUUCGAACGCGAAUAAUAAAAAUAAAAUUAGCGUACGUGGACACGGUACAAAUAUGGAACUUAAUCUAUUAAAUGAGGAAAUAAUUUACCGGGAAUACAUAAUAUGUUUAAAGAAACAUCAACUUGCUAUAGAGUUUGUUAAUACAUUGGAGUCAUCAUAUCAAGGGCUUUCACUACUUUUGUUAGCUUUGCUUAUUGGAACUAUAAGUUUGAUUGCAGUUCGAAUCAUUUAUGUGUUAAAUCAAGUAGGGGAAGUGAUAAAAUUCACGUUUAUAUUCACAGCAUGUCUGGUGACUUUGAUGAUUGUAUGUUACUCUGGUCAAAGAAUAAUGGACGAAAGUCAGAGUAUAUUCCAUGGAGCAUAUGCUGCAGAAUGGUACAAAUUCUCGCCUAGAUUAAAAACUUUGUUGAUAAUAACUCUAUACAGAAGUAAUGUUCCGUGUGGGUUGAAGGCGGGUAAUAUGUUUCCAUUAUCUAUCGCAACCUAUGCAGGGGUAAUACGAAUCGCCAUGUCAUAUUUUACAGCGUUUACAUCAUUCAAAGAAUGAUUACUGAAUUUUCAACUAACUCGUCACCGAUAUGUUUUUGUAUGUUUGGCAUACUGUGAUC